AUGAAGCUCCUUCCAGCCCUCACUCUCGCAGCGCUCGUGACCGCUCAAGCACCGGCCAGGUCGAUGGAAAGCGUCCAAGCGGAACAGUUGAACGCACUUAGCGCUUGGAGAUACGCGAGAGCCGUUGAACGUUCGGCCAUGCUCAUAACUCACAAUGUUCAAACGAUCUCGAAAAUCGGACAAACCACGUUGGACGAUGCCUUCGCCGCCGUUGAUACCCUGUCCAAGGACGAAGAGGAGCACAUGAAACCUGUCCGAGAACUCAUGAAGAAUAUUAUAAACGGCCAAGAGCUAGAAUCCUUUGCUUCCCUUGUGAAGAAAGCGGAAUUAACCUCUCGAGAAACUGCGUAUAUGGCGUAUAGGAGAUAUGACAAGCUCGGAGAAGAAAUAGAUGGCUUGAGGAACCAGCGGCCCGUGCAAAAACAAGGGGCUGGCCUUUAUGGCUCUGCACUCCACGCCGCACCGAGCAAGUAA